UCUCCUUGCUAUUGGCAUCCCCGAGUAGAUAGACUAGACUCUGAAAUCCAUUUCUCUUUUCUAAUAUGUUACUCGUUUUCCUCUUGUGCUAUCUCGUAGUCCCCGGCUUGUCUGAGUUCCUAAGUUGUGCUUCGUCCACAACUAUGUCACCUAAUAUCCAAGCAUGGAGCCUCAACAGCGAAUCGAAAUUCAAUAGACCAAUUUUUAAUCGGGUAUCAACGUCCACUCCUAACGACCUUGAACUUUUGAAAACUUCUGCCUGCAUAUUUAGAAAACAAUCCAAUGUCACAUUUCCUGUCUCCCCUGGUCCCAAAUUUGUAAGACUUCAUUUUUAUCCAAUUUCUUAUCCAAGCUUGAACAUUUCAAAAGCAUUGUUUAAUGUCAGUGUAGGCAGCUACACUCUUUUAUCUAUUUCCAACUCUUCCUGCUCCAAUGUAGCGUUUGAUGAUGAAGGUAUUAUCAAGGAAUACUGUGUUCCUGUAGCAGGCCAGACAUUGAAUAUAUUGUUCACCCCAUCGUCAGAUUAUUCUGACGCAUAUGGCUUCGUCAACAUGAUUGAGGUUGUUUCGGUGCCUCCAAAGCUUUAUCUAGGAGAUCUGUCACUGCCACUCGUUGGACAUCCUAACCAGUUUUACUCUCUGAACUACACAGCUCUUGAGACUUUGUAUCGGGUGAAUGUGGGUGGUUCUCUGAUCUCUGCUGAUCAUGACAGUGGUUUGUCUCGUUCCUGGUAUGGGGACCAAGGUGAUCUGUUUCCUAACACAGAAAUUUUUCACUUCAACAAAGCAGAAAUUGACUUCGGCUCUGACGUGCCAGCAUAUACGGCCCCUAAGGAAGUCUAUACCACAGCUAGAACGAAAUUAUUACCUGAUGAUAACCUAAACUGGUCGCUCCCUGUAGAUUCUGGGUUCUGUUACCUCAUUAGGUUUCAUUUAUUUAUGGAAAAGAGCAAGUAUUUUGUGGAUGAAAAUCAAAUAGUUGUUCAUAUUUAUUCCAAUUAUCCAACUGGUGUUCAUCACGCAGAAAUCAGCCUAAUUCAGAAGCUGGGAGUUCCCAUUUAUAGGGAUUUUCUUGUGAAUUUCUCAAGAAAAUACCAGGGGGAAAUGUUUCUGUCGAUUUCCAUGCAACAUAACGCUAGUGCAAUUUAUAGUGUGCCAUUAUUGAAUGGGUUAGAAAUCUUCAAAAUAUCUGAUGCUAGCAACUCUCUAGCGGGGCCUAAUCCAUUCAAGGCAAGAAAGGUAUCUUAUACCUCAUCUGAGAUUUAUCCAAAGAUCAUGAAGAUUAUUUUUUAUAUACUAGUAGCCGGAGUUGGUUCAUUAACUUAUGUAUGCUACGUUUGCAUCCUACUUUCACGUUUCCAAUUGCAAUGGUACUCUUACUUAAAAUGGAAAAGAAGAAGAGUUACAUAUUUACAACCUUCAGAGGACUGCCUACACUUCUCUCUUGCAGAGAUGAAGUUAGCCACCGACAACUUCUCAGAUGCUUUAUUAAUUGGUUCAGGGGGUUUUGGAAAGGUGUACAAGGGCUGUAUUUUUUAUGGCAACACCACAGUUGCUAUAAAGCGUGCAAAUCCCAAUUCACAUCAAGGAGUAAAUGAAUUCCAAACUGAAAUCACUACACUUUCUAAGCUGCGGCACUGCCACCUAGUCUCCUUGAUCGGUUGUUGCAUGGAGGAUAAUGAAAUGAUUCUUGUCUACAAUUUUAUGGCAGGAGGUACUUUAGCCGAUCACCUAUACAAGACCAAGCAAACACCACUUCCGUGGAAGCAGAGGCUAAAGAUUUGUAUUGGUGCAGCUCGGGGACUGCAUUAUCUUCAUACAGGAGGAAAGCAGACUAUCAUUCACCGUGACGUGAAAACUAGUAACAUCCUUUUAGAUGAAAAUUGGGAAGCCAAGGUCUCAGAUUUUGGGCUGUCAAAAAUUGGACCAAAUAUGAUGAGAGAGUCUGAAACUCAUGUAAGUACAUUGGUCAAAGGCAGCUUCGGAUAUUUAGAUCCAGAAUAUUAUCGCCGUCGAAAAUUGACUGAAAAAUCUGAUGUGUACUCAUUUGGAGUGGUACUGUUUGAGGUACUAUUUGCUAGACCUGCUGUGUUACCAGUGGCUGAAAAUGAAGAAGAACAUUACAAGGUAAAUUUGGCUGAGUGGGCUGUAAAUUGUUAUCAAAUGGGGACCAUGGAUCAGAACAUUGACUCUUCCCUACUGGGACAGAUUAACCCUGAAUGCUUCCAGACAUUCAUAGCUAUCUCAAUCAAGUGUUUAGCAGACAAGGGAAGCGACCGACCGAGUAUGGGAGAGGUAUUGUGCAACUUGGAGCUGGCAUGGCAGCAGCAGCAGCAGCAGCAGCAGAGUUCCUUGUUGGAAGCCAGUAGCCUUCAAGGCAGGGACAACAUGGGCAUUGGCGGUAAUUUCCGUCCAAUGAUAGAUGGUCAACGAUGUUUGCCCACAGGUAAUUCGGAUCCAACCCCAGGUGCUGAGUUUUCAGAGAUCAUCGUUCCAACCGGACGUUGAGAGGUUUGUUUUCAUGCUUUGCUACUUCUAAAACUGGUUUUGCUGUUUACAUAAUGUUAGUAUCGACGGCCGUUUUAUCUAUUUCCAACUCUUGCUGCUCUAA